AUGACUCAGGGCCCCAACAGGCCUCGACUGAUAUCGGAGACUCAGGCAAAACAGUGGACACGAAGCCGUGAGGUGAAGAAUUUAAAUAAAAUCAAUAAAGAAGGGCAGCGGCGGGUAAAGGACGAAGUGUUGGUGCGACACACCCCGGAACGUUUGCCCGGCCGCCCUGGGCAGCUCGAAAGGGAACCCCCGCCAGGCCGAGGCCCGCGCCCGCCGCAGAGGCAGGCUCCGCGCGCUCCCAUCCCCCGGCCAGACUGGGCCGCGCCACCUCUUGCUAGUUCCCCGUCACCUGCCUUCUUCGCUUACCUCGCACCGACUAGCAGACUCACUGGACACUCCGGGGGCCUUGCCGCCCCCGGCCCGACGGCCGGCUCGCAGCGGCACGCCUCACUCCGCCAUCUUCGCUCCUUCCCGAGUCCGCCAACCCUGCGGCAGCUGUUUCCACAAGUCCCGCCCCCACUUCUGCCGCUGAGUCCUGACUGGAUAACGACUUGCGCAAGCGUACUCUCUUCCCGCUAUAGACAGGAGGCUCCUCAUUGUGGUCCGCUCCAUCCCAGAGCUGGGAAGAACCUGCCUGCAGUACCUCACAAAACUACAGGUAAAUAUCCCGUCACUCCGUGGUGUGAAAAGAAAAAGAGGAAAAGAAAAAGAAUUUCUAAAUUGCAAUUUAAAGUUUCUACUAAGCUAGAUGUUAAGCAGAUCUAUACUGGAAAAUACCAGCCAUCUUCAGUUUGA